AUGCCAGACUGCUGUGUGUGUGUCACCACUUACCUUCAGUUACUGUACUUACCUUCUUGGAGACUGGCUCAGCAGAGAGCUGCAGGAGAAGGAGAAAGUGAUCGAGGUCUGCAAGCCAAGCUGGAGGCCAGGCCCCUCACAGCCUCCAGAAGCCACGCCUUGUCAGACUCCCAGUGCUCUCCCAGCAGCUCCUCCUUCCUGUCUGAUGAGCUGGAAGCCAGCUCUGACAUGGAUGUAGCCAGCGAGUACACACACUUCGAAGAGAAGAAGGCUCUGCGUGGUCACUCAGGCCGAACCCAGCAGCAACCCCAUCAGCUUGCCAGCCCCCCAGAGCCCCCCCCCCAGGAGGCCAGCCAGGCCCAUCCAGGUGUCAGCACCGUCCAUCCUGCUUCCCCAGCUGCACUGCCAAGCAACCAUUUAGAAGCCAGCUCUUCUCAUUAUCUCAACCCCGCCCAGCCCCACUCUCCUCUGAGGGGCGGCCCAGAACUGGGCAGAAUCCUGGAGCCCAGCUAUCUGGGCAGUGGUGGCCAGUGGGAUGUGAUGAGGCCUCAGAAAGGGAGUGUAUCAGGCGACCUGUCCUCAGGAUCCUCUGUGUGUCAGCUUAACUCCAAACCCACAGGGGCUGACCUGCUGGAGGAACAUCUCGGAGAGAUCCGGAACCUGCGCCAGUGCCUGGAGGAGUCCAUCUGCAUCAACAACCAGCUGCGGGAGCAGUUUGAACACCAGCUCAGCUGUGCAGCCCGUGGGAUCGGAUCUACCUCCAAUUUCUACAGCCCUGGCCUAGAACCCACACCUCAGCUCUACAACGAGAACAGAGUCCUUAAGGAAGAAAACCAGAGCCUUCAGGCUCAGCUGAGUCAUGUUCCUAGAGAGCGCUCCCAGGAGACGGAACACCUGAGGGAGGCCCUGCUGUCCUCUCGAUCCCGGCUUCAAGAGCUGGAGAUGGAGCUGGAGCUCCAAAAGGGGGAAUGGCAGCAGCUUCUGGAAGACUUGGAGAAGCAACAGGAGAUCUUGCAUUUCCAGGAGGAAUGCCUGCCCCUCCAGGAGAAUGACUCCAGGCUGCAGCCCAAGCUCGCCCUCCUGCAGCAGCAGUCUCCCACCUGGGAAGCCUGUCUCCAGGCCCCUUUGAGCAGUGAGCUGAGCCACUUGGUGGCAGAGAUCAGAACUUUGCGAGGGCAGCUGGAGCAAAGCAUCCAGGUGAACAGCUGUCUGAGAUUGCAGCUGGAGCAUCAGUUGGGUGGUGGGGGCAAAACCGGCCUCAGCCCCUCCUCCGCCCACCAGGAGGACCCUGGAAACAAGCAACUGCUCCUCCAAGACUCCAAUGCUUCCCCUCCAGUCCGAGAUGUUGGCAUGAAUUCUCCAGUGCUCAUAUUCCCUAGCCUUUCUGCUGCUGCUCCUGGCUCAGAGACCACCAUUUUCAAGAGGACAAAUGAGUUGGAUUCGGAUGUUUCUCCAGUGAGGAAGAAUCCCAAGCUGGAGGGCGAGGCUACUGAUGGCUCCUUUGCCAAUAAACAUGGCCGCCAUGUCAUUGGCCACAUUGAUGACUACAGCGCCUUAAGACAGCAGAUAGAGGAGGGCAAACUGCUGGCCAAAAACAUAGCAGAUCUUGUGAGAUCAGCCCGCGCCUUCCCUGGCCUUGAAACUCAGGGCACAGAGGUGCCAGGCAGCAAAGGCAUCCAUGAACUUGGGAGCAGCGCCCAGGCCCUGCAGCACAUGCUGGACGAGUCGGCCUCCCUCCUAUGUUCUGGCGAAUGGCCCUGCCCAGCUCCCUCAGCCCUGUCCCUGUCUGACAGCACAUACCUAAAAAGGGAACUUCUGGAACUGAGAACCAAACUGUCCAAACAGGAUAGUGUCCUUCAGAGCACAGCGGAGCAUCUGAAGACCACCAACCAGCAGAAGGAGAGCAUGGAGAAGUUCAUCUUCAGUCAGCAUGAAGUCCCUAAGGGUGCUGCCGUGCACCCCAGUCUUGUGACCCUUGCCUUCCAGGAGCCACGGAAGAAAAGGAGCCACCAGAGGUCCUUCAAACAGCAGGAAGCCUGGGCCUGUCCCCUGGUGCAGAUCCCAAUCUGCUGA